CCGCCAUUUGUCAAACCUUGUUGUCGGUCCAGAAUAUCUCUGACUAAAACAACCAAAAAUGGAGAACGAUAGCGGAGAGUUUGUUGAUUUGUACUGCCCCCGCAAGUGCUCAUCGAGCAACCGCAUCAUCCAUGCAAAGGAUCAUGCUUCCAUCCAGAUCAACAUCGUGGAUGUAGACCCGGAGACCGGUCGCAUGCUGGACACGUCCAAGGUGUACGCCAUCUGCGGAGAAAUCCGUCGUAUGGGAGAAUCGGACGAUUGCAUCGUUCGUCUGGCGAAGAAGGAUGGCCUGCUUUCAAAGAAUUAUUGAAAAAAUUCGUUGUAUUUUGGUGGGGCAUACGAAUAAAAUUCCGUAAAACUGUAUAAUUAAAUA